UUGCUGCGCUACUUGACGCUAAUACGAAACCAGGCAACAUCCGUAAAGUCCAGGUUAACAUUCACUAUAUUUCGCAUGAAGGUCAUUUCAGGUGUUUUGGCUUUAUUUCGCAAUGACAUUAUUGCCACGCGUACUGGCGUUAAAGCAACUCAUUAAUCGUGCAAUUAGUUUUACAAGUCUUUGGCUAGCUUGUUUGCUAGCGAGAGAGAGUUAGCAUCAUCAGUGUUAGCCAUCUACAGAAAAGAGCUCCAAAUGCGUCUUAAGGACCCCCUGUCCUUGACAGCCGCCAGCAUGACUAAGCGGACAAAUAAACCAAGAAAACCUCGAGAUGAAGAAUCGUCAGAUGAAGUCAGUGGAUUGACUUGCCAGCAUGUGACGAAAGCAGUGGACUUGAGCUCGGUGAAGAAAGCGAUGUUGUCCAGCUUGUGGUUAGUGUGUGCUGAGUGUCUAAAUGAAAGGACUAUGAUCAACAAUGAGCCUGCAGCAUCUCAAGACAUCUUAAUCUGCCUCAAAUGUGGUUUUCAAGGCUGUAACCACUCAGGGAUUGAACACGCUGUCAAGCACCACAAAGCUUUCCAUCCUGAGUCACACUGCAUCACCAUAAGCUUGAGCACAUGGAGGGCCUGGUGUUUUGAAUGUAAUGAGGAGCUCUCCACUCACUGUAACAAAAAACCUCUGGCGCAGACUCUGGAUUUUCUACAGAAGCACUCUGUCAAGGCAACGUCUGCAUCAACCCCCAAGAUCCUCAAACCAAGAGAGGAAGCCUCAAACUGUAGUGACCCUCCAAGAGGAAAGAGUUCAGUCAUCAGCAGUGCAUUGGUUCCUGUUAAAGGCAUCAGUAACCUUGGUAACACAUGCUUCUUCAAUGCUGUUAUGCAGAACCUGUCUCAAACACACAUGCUCAUUGACCUCAUCCAGGAAGUGAAGGACAAAGGGUACAAAUUGAGGAUCUGCCCUCUCGUUGAUGGCCAUCUGGGUCCGUUAUUAGUAACCCUGCCCAGUCCUGAGCCUCUGACUGCAGCCAUGUUUCUCUUCCUCCAAUGCAUGAAAGAACCAGGAAAAGGUCCAGUCAGUCCCAAGAUCCUCUUUAAUCAGCUCUGCCAGAAGGCUCCACGUUUUAAAGGCUAUCAACAACAGGACAGCCAGGAGCUUUUACACUCUUUACUGGACUCCAUACGAGUAGAGGAAACUAAAAGAGUGAAGGCUGGAAUUCUCAGAGCUUUUAACAAUCCCACAGAGAAGACAGCAGAUGAAGAAACCAGGCAUCAAGUCAAAGCGUAUGGGAAGGAAGGUGUAAAGAUGAACUUCGUUGAUCGCAUCUUUGUUGGAGAGCUAACCAACACAAUUAUGUGUGAAGAGUGUGAACAUAUAUCAACUGUGAAGGAAGCUUUCAUAGACAUUUCUUUACCUAUUAUAGAGGAACGGAUAUCAAAACCAUCCGAACGGAGCAGGCCGGGAAAAGGAAGCCGAGAACACGAAUCCAACACGACACAUAAUGAGCAAGCUAUUUCUUCUGCAAAUGCGGCCAACAGGAAAACAAGGCAUCCAAGUGGACAGAAAACACAGGGCAGGAGGUCUUCUGGCUCGAUGGAUGGAAAGGGUGCAAGCUGCAGUAUGGAACAACCUGAGGAGGAAAGCACUGGGGGAUCAGAACGCCGUGUCUCAGCUUGCAAAAUGGCUGCUUGUGGAAGCUUUUCAGAUGGCAGCGAAACAGAUUCUGGUCCUCGGGACAGCAGUAACGAUGCUGACAGUGAGGCUUCAGAGGGCGAGUGGACUCCUCACACGUCCUUCUCCAGCCAUGUCCAAUCUCACUUGACACCUAAUGUCAAUCCAUCCCCAAUAUCUGCCUUUACCUCAUCAUCAUCAUCUUCUUCCAGGCAAGGUGGCGCUGUAGAGCCACUACUCUACACUUUGUCCAAAGUUAGCCUUGGUUUCAGUUCAGGGGACAGCUCACCCACUUUGCAAUGUUCUCCAGAGGAGCCUACAGAAAAUAGAUCACGUGAUAAUUUCCACCAUCAGCACCACCAGACGGCAUUCCAAGCUCUGUCCCACAGUUACACUCCCAGCUCCAAGGAGUGCUCCGUUCAGUCCUGCCUUCACCAGUUCACCUCUGUGGAACUACUGAUGGGCAACAACAAGUUGCUUUGUGAGAGCUGCACUGAACACAGACAGAAGCUAAUGCGAAAGAGCAGGUCCACUGAUAAAAAAGUGGAAAAGAUCUACACCAGUGCAAGGAAACAAAUGCUCAUUUCCUCACUUCCUCCUGUCAUCACAUUGCAUCUAAAACGCUUCCAUCAGGCAGGGAUGAAUCUACGAAAAGUGAACCGCCAUGUUGACUUCCCUUUGGUGUUGGAUCUGGCCCCAUUCUGUUCAGCAUCAUGCAAGAACUUGGCACAUGAUGAACGUGUCCUUUACAGCCUGUAUGGGAUUGUGGAACAUAGUGGCUCAAUGCGUGGCGGUCACUACACUGCAUAUGUAAAAAUCCGUGCUCCCCAGAGGAAAACCGAACAACAUCACAGGAACUUGUCAGGUGCCAAGGAUUCUAGCAGCAGCUCCCAGGGCCAGUGGUUCUACAUCAGUGAUACUACAGUCCAGACGGUACCAGAGUCCAGGGUUCUUAACUCUCAGGCAUAUCUGCUAUUCUAUGAGGAAAUCCUGUAAUUGGACUCAAUCCCUCUCACAGUAGACAAUUGUGUUUGUCUGUCUAGUACACUUGUAAGCAUUUGAAAAAAAGGGAAAUGAUUGGACUCUAUUUAUUUAAUGACUUAUUUGCAUUUCAAUUUUUCCAUAAAUCCUUAUAUUUGAUAGAUAAACAUGUGAAGAUGCGGUUGCUUUAGGAUUAACUUUUCACUUUUAUUUUGCUAAAACAUGUCUAUCAUUGCUCUCUUCAAAUUACAGUAUGCUUAUUAUUUGAUGCUUGCGGUAACUGUGGUAACACGUCAUAUGAGCGUUUUCAGCAAUCUUUGAAAUCCAGUGACGCUGGUUAGGUUCAGUAGAAGGCAAUUGACAAUUGAUUAUUAUUACUAUCAGUUGGUACUAUAGCAAUACGUGCAUAAAUACAUGGUCAAGUGUAGUGAAAGCCAUAUUUUGUAUGACCCCCGUUAAACAUAUACGCCAAAAUGCAGCAUAUAUAGAAUAGGCGUAGUAAAACGGUUAAGUAUUGGAAAGUAGUAGUAUCUUACUAAAGAAUGUAUCAAUAGGUCACAUUUGCCAAAGAUGCAGCUGCAGGUCAGAGCUAAAAGUAAAAAACAAAUCAAACACAAACUUUUUUUUUUUUUUAGCAGGUUAUAUGUAUUUUGUUGCGCGCACAAUAUACUAAAUUUUUAUCAUCCUAACAAAUCACCUUGCCUUUAUUGUACAGUAUUUAAGUUCUACUGUAAGUAAAUCGGUUCAUUAAAAUUGUCUACUUUGUUACUAUCAGUGAAGUUGGACAAAAUGAUAGAAAUAAAAAUAUACAUCUUAGCUGUAAUGUGCAUGGGAUUACUGCUUUAUGGAUUUAUAUUUGCCACGUUUGAAUCAUCGACAUCAUUGAAUGAGAUCAUACAGUAUUUGUUUUCUAGAUGAAUAUUUUCUUGUUUGUUUGAACAUUUGCCAAACCGGAAUUGGUUGCCAUGUGUAGCCAUCAAAAGAUGAAUACGAGAUUAAACAUAUUAUGUGCCACCUGUAAUCCUAAUGAAACGUGUGCAUGGUGGAAAGAAAAACAUAGAACUGCUCUGAUUGAUAUGACAUUCAUGUACAACAUACAGCUUGUAAUAAUAAUAUAUGUAAAUGUAUAAACAAACAAAAGCAAUGCAAGGUGAUGGUGCUUUAGGCAUGCAGGGUUUUUUUUCCUGUUUAAAGGAGAACUUUUCAUCAUAAAAUGUUGAACUUAUUUGCAUCAAGCUGUUAUGUAUCAUAAACUAAAUAAAUCAGACAUAUGGACAAACUAUUAUUCUCUUGAUGUAUUA